GUGUCCGCGAUGCUGCGAGUCUGGCGAUUCCGAGGAGGUGGGAUCUGAUAUCUGUCAGUGCUGAAACAACUGGGGCAAAAGUAGCAAUCUCCGAACCCUAGAAAAUGAUACUACAGUUUGUUAUGUGCAGGAAGAAGUUGCAAUCUUUCUAAGAAAAGCCAGAUGUGGUGUUUGUCUAGACUUGAUUUGGGUUGGAGUUUUUUUGGGGGCUCUUUGGUUGUUUUUUUAAGGAUAUCUGUCUGGUGAACGCUUCCAGAGAUGCUACAAAAGCGGAACGUCCCUUUAGCUUCCUUCCUUAUAGUUAAAAGUGGAGUCCAGGAGCCAUCUGUUGCUGGAGACAGUCAAAAGGGGAUGUUGAGGCUCCUGCUCUGAACAACCAAAGCGUGCAAAGGGCAGCUGUGCUGUGAGGAAAAGGUUUGAACCUCAGCUGCUGCUUGGAAAAAAUUGUUGUGCGAGGAUUCAUCUGGUGAUGCUUGGCUGCAUGGAAAAGAUCAAUGACAGCGAGGGUCACCCCAGCAGCAGCCACCAAACCUUGAAAGGAACCUCCAAAUGGGCCACGUCGCUGGAGAACCUCCUGGAGGACCCCGAAGGAGUGAAGAGAUUUCGGGAAUUUUUAAAGAAGGAAUUCAGCGAAGAAAACGUUUUGUUCUGGCUUGCAUGUGAAGAAUUCAAGAAGACACAGGGAAAAAAACAGAUGCAAGAAAAGGCAAAAGAGAUUUACAUGACUUUCCUGUCCAGUAAAGCCUCCUCCCAAGUCAACGUUGAAGGGCAGUCCCGUUUGAGCGAGACCAUCUUGGAGACCCCUCACCCCCUCAUGUUCCAGAAGCUCCAGGACCAGAUAUUCAACCUCAUGAAGUACGACAGCUACAGCCGCUUCCUGAAGUCUGACAUAUUCCUAAACCACAAGAAGAGUGAGGAGCAGGAGGAGAAUCCCCCAGAGGCUCAGACUGCAGCUAAAAGAGCAUCGAGAAUUUACAACACAUGAUGCAGUGGAUCUCCUCGGGAGAGGCAACCCAGUCAUCACACCACACUCAGGAACAAUCUCAGUUUAGAGCAGUUGCAUUUAGGGCUUGGGGAGCUCCAAACCUUUUUAGGAGCUACUUACCUUCUUGAUUGCUUGAAUGACUAAUUGUUUUUUUGCAUGAUAGCUAUUAACUAAGCACCCCUGGACUGUUUCCUUGAUAAAAGGCUGAGGUGUUCCUCCACAGCAUGAAUUGCCAAUAUUUCACAGGGUAAAAUGCUUUCAGUUCUUGUCUUCCCUUUUGUCACCACGAUGAUGAGAAAUGGGAGAUGGGAUGGUUGUUGUUUUUUAUUUUUUGCCUUGCCAUUUUUGUUUGUGACUGGCUUUUGCAUCCUGAAGUGCUGGGAGAAGCUCCUGAGGAGUGCAUUUCACAUUGCUCUGGGGAUGAGUCAUUCAGAGCAAAUCUAAUCACGAAGGGACAGCAUCUUCCAGGUUUAAGCUCAGUAGAAUCCAACCCCUUCCUGUGUAACUUCGUUCUCUC